AUGGCCACCGUCCUCCGAACUCCCACAUUCCGUGCAUCCCCAACCCUACUCACCACCACCUCCGCCUCUUCAAACUAUCCGAAAACCUCUAGGGUUUCCGUCACACCCUCCAGGAGGAGAGCGUCGUCACUUAAAUCCCUCCGGUUGAAUCCAAUUCCCUCCCCGCGGUUCGUGAAGUUAGUUCCCUUUGCUUUGGACGGAGAUACCGAGGCUCCGCAAGUUCAAGACCCGCCUGAGGUUCCGGUUCCGGAUCCUUCAGUUGCCGCGGAGGAUAGUACAGGCGAUGAGGAGCUCAGCGAUGCUGGUGAAACACCUGCUUUAACUUUGACAGUAUUACUACAGUUUUACAAAGAAGCAUUGGCAAAUAAUGAUGAAGUCAAAAUUGCUGAGUUGGAAACCUCAUUUAAAUCCAUCGAUGAUGAGAUAGCAGCUCUUGAAGAGAAAGUGAAUUCGUUAUCUGAAGAACUAUCUAUAGAAAAAGAUCGUAAACUAAGGAUUGGUGCAGACUUUGACAAUUAUCGUAAGAGGACUGAGAGAGAUCGCCUUUCACUGGUCACAAAUGCUCAGGGGGAAGUUGUGGAGACUUUGUUGCCUGUAUUGGAUAAUUUUGAGAGAGCCAAAGCUCAGAUUAAGGUGGAGACAGAGGGAGAGGAGAAAGUAAACAACAGCUAUCAGAGCAUAUAUAAGCAGUUCAUUGAAAUUCUAAACUCACUUGGAGUUGAACCAGUGGAGACAGUUGGAAAUCCCUUUGAUCCAAUGCUACAUGAAGCAAUUAUGCGUGAGGAUUCUGAUGAGUUUGAAGAUGGCAUUAUAAUUCAAGAAUUCAGAAAGGGUUUUAAACUUGGUGACCGCCUUUUACGUCCAUCAAUGGUGAAAGUAUCAGCUGGUCCAGGACCUGCAAAGCCGGAACAAGAAGUACCUCUGGAAGAAGUCUCAAAUGGAAUUUCUGAAGAGAAUGAUGUCUACGUGAAAACAGAGUCUGCUUGA